GCGGUUGCUGGGCGAUGAACAGCCGCCUGCAGGAGAUCCGGGAGCGGCAGAAGCUGCGGCGGCAGCUCCUGGCGCAGCAGUUAGGAGCUGAAAACGCAGACAGUAUUGGUGCUGUGUUGAACAGUAAAGAUGACCAGCGGGAAAUUGCUGAAACAAGAGAAACAUGCAGGGCUUCUUAUGAUACAUCUGCACCCAAUGCAAAACGCAAGUAUCCAGAUGAGGGAGAAGCUGAUGAAGAAGAGAUUGAAGAAUAUAAGGAUGAAGUAGAGCUGCAGCAAGAUGAAGAAAACCUACCGUAUGAAGAAGAGAUUUACAAAGAUUCAAGUACCUUUCUUAAGGGGACUCAGAGCUUAAAUCCGCACAAUGAUUACUGCCAACACUUUGUGGAUACAGGACACAGACCCCAGAACUUCAUCAGAGACGUGGGCUUAGCAGAUAGGUUUGAAGAAUAUCCAAAACUUAGAGAGCUCAUCAGGUUGAAGGAUGAGCUGAUAUCUAAAUCUAACACUCCACCCAUGUACUUACAGGCAGACUUGGAGGCUUUUGAUAUUAGAGAACUGAAGUCCAAAUUUGAUGUGAUUCUUCUGGAACCACCACUGGAAGAAUACUACAGAGAGACUGGCAUUACUGCCAAUGAAAAAUGCUGGACCUGGGAUGAUAUUAUGAAGUUGGAAAUUGAAGAGAUUGCAGCCCCAAGGUCAUUUGUGUUUCUGUGGUGUGGCUCGGGAGAGGGUCUGGACCUUGGCAGAGUGUGUCUACGCAAAUGGGGUUACCGAAGAUGUGAGGACAUUUGUUGGAUUAAAACCAAUAAAAACAAUCCUGGGAAAACCAAGACUCUAGACCCCAAGGCUGUUUUCCAAAGGACCAAGGAGCACUGCCUCAUGGGCAUUAAAGGAACUGUGCGUCGCAGUACAGAUGGUGACUUCAUCCAUGCUAAUGUUGACAUUGACCUAAUAAUCACAGAAGAGCCUGAAAUUGGCAACAUAGAAAAACCUGUAGAGAUUUUUCACAUCAUUGAGCAUUUCUGCCUUGGACGACGGCGUCUUCAUCUUUUUGGAAGGGACAGUACAAUUCGACCAGGUUGGCUGACUGUAGGACCCACCCUCACAAACAGCAAUUUCAAUGCAGAAACGUAUUCUUCAUACUUCACUGCUCCAAAUUCCCACCUGACUGGCUGCACAGAGGAGAUCGAGAGACUUCGGCCCAAGUCGCCACCACCCAAGUCCAAGUCUGACCGAGGAGGUGGCGCUCCCAGGGGAGGAGGAAGAGGAGGGACUUCAGCAGGCCGAGGAGAAAGGGGCAGAGAGAGGAACAGAACUAAUUUCCGGGGUGAGCGGGGUGGCUUCAGAGGGGGCCGUGGAGGUACCCACAGGGGUGGCUUCCCCACACGCUGAUGACUUAAGGAAUUACUUCCCCUGGUCCUAUGCCUCAUUGCUGAAUCUCUUUUUCCUUGUCUUGUUUUUGCUAAAGUGAAUUAUUCUGGGGACUCAAGCUAGAUGACUUUUUAAAAUGUUUUUGGUGCAAGCAGUUCCAAAUAUUCUGCCUUCCUAUGACUGAUCUGGUACAUCACCUCACUCAGCAGGCAGGAUCCCGCACUUGAAUGGCGCUAAAGUUGGCCUCCUGGCAGCUUCCAUUCAUCAAAGCAGAGAGAACCAUCUCUUCAAACCAUGGAUAGGAUGGAAGUGAAGAUACUUGCUCUUCCUUUCUAAAACUUGCAAGUUGUGGGCUUUUUUUUUUAAUUAUAGUUUUUUCCAAAAUGUGGAUUCUUCUUCCUUCUUUGUAUGUCCAGGUGUGAACUACUUGGAUUAAUAUCACAUAAUGGGUGUGAAAUGCAGUUGAGUUGCAUGGCAAUAGCAGACUUAUUUUCUUAUUCACAGAAGAAAAAAUGCUGUGUCAAUACAGACACUUAUUUUAACUUAUCUUAAACCAGGAGCAAAUUGAAUAAAUAGAGUUGUAUUUUUUCCUUAUUGGGCCUAAAUUUUCUGAAUCAAUCAUGGGAACAGGGAACAAAUGGAUUCUGUCUGUCCUUCCCCCCUGCCCCGCCUUUCAUUUAUCGAAUAUGUGUGCACUCAUUUUUCAUGUUCGUAGUAGGAAGAGUGGUAACUCUGUCUAGUCACAUUUUGUGUUUCAUGGAAAGCGAAAAGUUACCGUGCAUUUAUAUCCAGGUCAGAAAGUCUGUGUAGAUCUGGAUUGCUUCUUUAAUAGAGAUUUUCACCUAGAGCCUGUUAAUAACCUUGUUCUUCAGUAGGAAAAAGUUUUAUUGCAGAGCAAUUGCAAUGUAAGUAAUAAAAAGACCUCAUUGGAGGCCAUAUUGGAAACGUAAGGAGAUGUUACAAGAGGGAGUGCUGCAAAUGUAUGGCCUGGGUAGUGACGGCACCGUAGUUAGAAUUGUGUUUUGCUUUGCCUGUGGACCUUGUGUGCAUUGGAAAUCGAGUAUUGGUUUUCAGAAAAUAACACGACUCUCAACUUCUUGGACAAUGCUUGGAAGACUGAACAAACCUGGCCAUUGAAGUCCCAGAUUCUUAGGCAUGGAUUUCAGAGAAUUGGCUUUUAAGUCUCGUGAUCUUUAUCAGUUGAAGCCUAGCUUUUAUAAAAGCUAUCUUGUAAAGUAGUGAAUUAUUAAACUUGUUUAUCAAAGCCAA